AUCUUAAAAGCAAGGUGCCCAUUGCGCACCCCGCAUACUGAAGACGCAACCCCCGUCCAAUUACCCGCAGCGGGAACCGGUCUUUCCUACCCCUUCUUCGUUUUCCUUUGGUUUGCCGUUUCUCCCACGCAAAAGAUAACUUUCGAAACCGCCAUUUGUCUUAAUUUUCUUUGUUCUUUCGUUUUACUGAGAUUAAAAUACAAUACCAGAGGAAGGACAGGUGCGUAGUGCGCACUCUUUCUCAUUUCUCUGAUUUACGAUUAUAUUCCCCCUUUUUUUCCUUAUAGAGAAACUGAUAUUGUUGUAGCUCGCUAUGUCGAUUCGCCAUCGGCUAAAUUCGAGAAUUUUCUUCCGUUUUCUCACCUGGUGGAUCUUAUUCAGCUGUUUUCCAGGAUUAAUUUCAUCGGCAGUAGUUACGUUGGAUUCAAUUGAAAUAUUUCAAACGCACGAGUUGAUAGGAAAACCGACGGUUUAUUUCUUAUGCAAAGGAGAGAACAGCACGGUGUUGCCAGAUGUCACCAAAACAGGCGUCGUCUAUUCCUUCAAGGGUGAAGAAUCUUGGCAGCCUCUGACAGAACUUGUAAGCAAGAAAUGCAAGCGAUGUGGAUUCUAUGAGAAGGACACCAUUAAAGCGGAUGAUAUAUUUGCUGAGUGGGAGUUCUGUUCUUCUGACUUUAAAGCUCCAAAAUAUACAUUGUUUAAAGAGAAGGAAUUUAAUGCUACUUUCCAUUGUCCGGAUUGCACAUCUCUUCCAGCUGCUUCUAAUGCAGCUCCUGAAAAGCAUGACGACGGGAAUGGAAUGCAUGUUGCUGUAGUGAUACUGAUCAGUGUGCUGAUUUCAACAGUAACAAUAAUUGCACUGGUGAUGGCAUAUAAAUACUGGCAAAAGAAGAAGAGGCAACAAGAUCAGGCUCGGUUCUUAAAGCUGUUUGAAGAAGGGGAUGAGAUUGAGGAUGAACUAGGCCUUGGUACUGUAAUAUGAUAAAAAUAACCUGGUUACCUCCUGUACAGUAAGUCGACCUCACAUAAAUUUUGCUUCUUGUGGGAGGGAAAAAAAAGAUAGUGUCACUUCUUUGUGCAAAUUAUAACAUACAUUUGAACAGUUGUGUAUUCUAAGGUGGCUACAUAUAUGUAUAUAGUGGAGCUUUGUGGCCCUGUUGGCACAUCUAGUAGUUAACCAGUAUCUUGGUCCUAAGACUGCUAAUGAAGAGUAAUACUUUUAGCUCAUGCUAGCACCUAAAUGGAAUUAUCAGGAGCUGAGUAUUUUUACACAAAC